UGUGGGGUGAGCGAGCUCAGUAUGACCGUGAGUCAGAACCGUGGUUCCCCUAGAGCCCGCCCCUCUUGGCAGGCCGGCCAGGGUGAGGUGGGGUGGGCACUGCCCUGUGCCCCUCAGCUCCCAGGGGCAGGGCCUCCCUCCUGGCUGCCUCCUUGAGCCACGGCUGUGGAGGCCGUGGCUGUGGGCUGGCCUGUCCGCGUCUUGCCCUUCUUCCCCUGGUAGGGCUCGCUCUGCGUCCUGGGGGCCAGCAGACCCCUCUCGAGGGCCUGCGGGUGGCCCCGCGGGCCUCCGCCUCCCCCUCCCCACUGGCUGGGUGGGGGUGGGAAGGGGGCGGGUGCAGCUGGCUGAGCCCGAUGAUUUCCUGCCCUCGCCCGGGCUCACCACAGCUUCCUGCCACAGGCGGGCAGGCGCUGAGGAGAAGCAGGCGCCUAGCCGAGCGGCAGAUGGAGGCGGUCUUCCUGAUCCCCUACGUGCUGGGCCUCCUGCUGCUGCCGCUGCUGGCUGUGGUGCUGUGCGUGCGGUGCCGAGAGCUGCCAGGCUCCUAUGACAAUACGGCCUCUGACAGCUUGGCCCCAAGUAGCAUCGUGAUCAAACGCCCUCCCACACUCGCCACCUGGACACCAGCCACCUCCUAUCCUCCUGUUACCUCCUACCCACCCUUGAGCCAGCCGGACCUGCUUCCCAUCCCGAGGUCCCCACAGCCCCCUGGGGGCUCCCACCGCAUGCCAUCUUCCCGGCAGGACUCAGAUGGUGCCAACAGUGUGGCGAGCUACGAGAACGAGGGUGCGUCUGGGGCCCCAGGUGCCCUGGUUGCAGGGAGGCUGGGGCCUGGGCUGGGCCCUGCUGAUCGCUGUGUCGUUACCUCAGAGCCCGCCUGUGAGGACGACGAUGAAGACGAGGAGGAGGAUUAUCCCAACGAGGGCUACUUGGAGGUGCUUCCUGACAGCACGCCAGCGACAGGCACUGCUGUCCCACCGGCUCCCGCACCCAGCAACCCCGGCCUCCGAGACAGCGCCUUCUCCAUGGAGUCGGGGGAGGAUUACGUGAACGUCCCCGAGAGCGAGGAGAGUGCAGACGUGUCUCUGGAUGGGAGCCGGGAGUACGUGAAUGUGUCCCAGGAGCUGCCACCCGUGGCUAGGACCGAGCCUGCCAUCCUGAGCUCCCAGAACGACGACGAGGAAGAGGGAGCUCCAGAUUAUGAGAAUCUGCAGGGGCUUAACUGAGGGUCCGGUGAGAGGCCCUGCCCACCCUUCCGCGCGGCCCCUCAGCCCUAUCCUCCGACUCCUUCGGGGACCCCUCGGACCCCCACUGACCUCCUGACGUUGCAACCCCUCCCUCUCCCGGUUGUUUCAGCGCGAGGCCAUGCCUGUCCUCAAACCAGCCUUGCUCGGGAGUGCCGAGCCGGGCAGCUGGCAGUGGCUCUGGGGGACCCUCCUAGGCACCCCACCCUGACUGCAGCCUGAGAACAGCCUGAGAAUCUCCCCCCUAACUUAUUGUCACUUUGGGGUCCAGUCUGUGUGCCCCCAACACUCUGCACCUUCUGACGCAGCCUGAGAAUGAGCUACCCUGGCCCCAGCCCUAUUCGGCAGUAGAAUAAAGGCUGGUGUGGUCUGUAGCGCUCUUGCCUUUGGGGGGCCCGUGGGGGGGAGUCCGAGUGAGGGUGGGCUUGCCUGGGCGCCCGUGUGGGAGCUGUGUGCACGCACGUGUGUGUGUGUGUGUGUGUGUGUGUGUGUGUGUGUGUCUGGGGGUCUCCAUCCUCCCUGGGCCGCCAUGCUCCUGAGGGUCCUCAUCAGCCGUUGGGAGUGACCAAAUGGUGCCUGGGGCACGGCGCUUCGGCGUGAGGCAAGUCCGACCCAGACUGGGCCUUCUGGGCUUCGAGGCUUCGAUGCAUCUCCCCCAACGCGAUAGUCCACUGGACCCACGGCAGACGAUGGCUGGGAUGAUGGGAGGGCAGGGCAUGGGAACCUUGGGUGCAGAGUGACCUUCGAGAGCAAGACUGCUUCCUGCCGGCACUCAUUUUCUCCAUCUUUAGAGCAAGGGGGUGGACUUGACCCCAAGCAACUGAAAGGUAAUGUGCGAUGCAGCCUUUUCGGACUCGGGUGUGCAGAUGACUCACCGGGGGGUCUUGCUAAAAUGCAGAUUCCAAAUGAGUAGGUCUGGGAUGGGGCCCGAGAGUCUGCAUUUCAGAGAAACUACCAGAUGCUUCUGAUAGCGCUCUUCCGAGAACCAGACUUCGAGCACCUUCUGGUGGACGCCCUGGUCAUUGUGAUUGGCUCUGGUCUGGGCACGUGACGUAAUCUGGGCCACCGAGGACCAGCCCUGGGACUUGGGCCAGAAGUGACUGGAAGGAGAAGCUCUUUUUGCUCCAUGGCAGUUGGUAAACUGGAAGAAUAUAUUCCUGGCGCUACUUGGCGAGCCUGCCCAAGAACGAAGUCCACGUGGAGGAGAGAAUGGCCUCGAGGUGGACAGGGUGUCGGGAUCUCUGGGUCCAGUCACAUCUGAAGCGAGACACCCCCCUCAGACUUCCCAGUUACGUGGGCCAAUAAAUUACCCGUUGUCUUCA